UAUAUGAAUUUAGUUCAACUCUACGGCACGGGCUGCCGCAUAAUGACACCGCCGAGCGGUCCCGGGGCCGCUUUGAAUUGGAUGCGCCGCACCGGCCACCGAUUCGGUUCCAUCCGAAUCACACGAGUUGGCAGGUCGGCGCACCCGCACACAACCCACCCUACCACCCACCGCUUCCUCUGUACGAAAACAACAAUCGGAUUCCGACAGCAAAUGGACCACACAAUACCGCCCAAAGAGUUCAAGUGGACGCCGGGCAACCUGAUCAAUGAGAACUUCAAGUUGGGCGACAAUGGUCAUGUUUGCGUGGUGCUCAACCGCCAGAUCCAAGUGCCGCCGCACGUGGUGAAGCUUCUGUGGAAGAACGCUGCCGUGCGCUGCGCCGUCGAUGGAGGCUCCAACCACUGGCGCGACUUUGUGGUAGGUCAAGCAAUGUCAAAGAGAACCAACGGGGGCAUGGCAAUCACACAACUUGAGCCACUUGAUGUGAUAACGGGUGACUUUGACUCAAUCACCGAAGAUACGGUGGAUUUCUUUAAGACCACACCGAAAGUCCACACACCAGAUCAGGAUGCCACGGAUUUCACAAAGGCCAUUGCUGUGCUUCAGCCUGUAAUGACGCAACGUAAAAUCCGCGAUGUGGUGGUAUUCCAUGACAAUUCAGGCAGGCUGGACCAGAUCAUGGCCAACCUUAACACGCUGUACAAAUCACAGAAAGACAACUGCAAUGUCUUUCUUCUGAGCGGGGAUUCAGUAACGUGGCUGCUGCGGCCGGGCAAACACACGAUACAAGUGCCCGUCGAUCUGGUCACCAGCCAACGGUGGUGCUCCCUGAUGCCCGUGGGAUCGGCGGCGCACAAUGUUACCACCACGGGCCUAAAGUGGAACUUAUAUCACGCACAAAUGGAGUUUGGUGGGAUGGUAAGCACGUCGAAUACCUACUCCACUGAGUUUGUUCAAGUGGAGACGGACGCCAACCUAAUCUGGUCCAUGGGUGCCUAUGACUUCGAGGAGAAGAUACGACAAACCGCUAAGACAUGAGAAGCUAUUGCAGAAUGCUAUGUACUUAAGUAAGGAUUAGGUUACAAUGUACAGUGUUUAUGACCAAUGCUGCAUCCGGUUGUUUUUGUGAGGAGCAAAUAUUAUAGUGCUGUUAUUGUUUAACAAAAUGAAAGUUUAUGUAAAAAUUUAUAGUGACAAA